UCACUUGACGCAAUGCGCUCUUCAUUUAUUUUACUUCUCGCCUGCUGUUUGGCUUUCGCUCAAGCCGGCAGCUGGCGUCAGACCCAGGAUUACCUCACCAGGGAUAGGGAGGUCAGACCCAGCUGGAGUCAUCGACACUCGGAUUUAUGGCCCUGUGAUGUGGCUGAUUACCCAGAAGCUUAUCUGCUGAUACACAAGGUUGAGAAACGCUUAGACCGCAUUGAAGACGAGCAAUUGAAAAGUAACAUUGUGGCCUACGUUGUGAGCCAGUUGAGGCAGUGCAAAUAUGGUAAUGAAAUGGAUGAGCAUUGUGUGAAACGCUCCAUUGGCUAUGCCAUGUCCUUUAUCAGUCGCCACAAACGUCAGCAAAUGUAUUAAAAUAAAAUUAACAAACAAAAAAAAUUACAAA